AUGGCCGACUACGACUCUCAGGGCAACAUGCGUCUCCAACUUCAGGCCCUCCUCGAUGACAAGGAAAAGCAACUCCAGUCGGCGGCUACCCUCGGUCACCAGCUGCUGGCUCAGCGCAUGGAACUCGAGGAGCGUAUCAAGCAAAUGCAAGAGCUCGAGCUCGACAGCUCCGGCAGCGACGACGGCUUGGAUGCCAGCGUUAGAGACCGCUAUCGCGAGUUGGCGGACGCUAUCAAGGCCUGGGAUAUGGAGAACGAGCACUUGACCAGCGUGUUUGGGUCCAAGCCUACGAAUGGCAUCCAUGCUCCUCCUUCACGUCAUACGGAGCCCUCGAGAACAGAUGAACGCUCAAAGGGAGCUGCCGCGGGCCAGGCUGCCGCACAGUCCUCUCGUCGCGCCAAGAAUGCGGCUCAUCGCGCGGACGAUGUCGAAUUUGCAUUCGAGAUCGGAAGUGGAUUGCUCACUGAGGUUCGACGGUUGCAAAGUCUGCUCGCCGAAAGGGAUAAGGCUAUUCAGGACAUGAAGGAGGAGAAGGACGACCUGGAGAAGAGUCUAGAGAGCCUCCGUCAAGCGCUUCGGGAACAGGAGCAGUCCGCCGACAAAUUCAAGGAGGAGAACUGGAACUUGGAAGUCACACUACAAGAGCUUCGAUCACAAGUCGGCGAGUCUCAAGCCAACGCGCUGCGACUAGAAGGCGAGAACAAGCGAUUAACGAGGAUGCUCGCCACAACGCGAGAGACUGCGGACCAACACAAGACCGAGGCGGAGAAGCAGCAGACGGCGUUCGUCGAGCUCAAGGCCAAGCACGAGACCGAUGUCGCUCAAGCUCGCAAGCAUGCAGCAAGCCUCCAGCGCGACAAGUCCGAUCUUCAGCAGACCAUCGACAAUCUGAAGGUCGAAAUGCAGAAGGCCAGCCGUCGUCUCCCCCGCUUCGGCUCCCCUCUCACUCCCAACGGCGUCACUGUAUCCGAAAUGGCCACUCCAGCUGACCGCGACGACGACGACGUGUUUAGCACAGCCGGCGCGUCCACCCACACCCGCAAGAAGCUCGACAACUCCGGUCUCUUCCCUCCUGACGACUUCGCGGACGAGUCUCCCGACCCCUCCCCGUCCAAGCCCUUCCUGGCCCCCAACCAUCCGACCAACGAGAUCGAGGCCCUGCAACAACGGCUUGCGCACGCUCAACGUCAGAUCAGCACUCUCAAGAGCACGCUGCAGCGUGAGAAGGAGCUUCGUAUGGACUAUCGGCGCAAACUGGAUGCCUCUCCCGGAUUCUCGAUCGAAGAGGAAGAAGACGACGAGGUCGAAGAAGAGACCGACGCGAAGCCCAAAGCACGCCUCACCCCCUACCGCUCCAGUCGCGGCCGCGGUCGUGGCAGGGGACGGGGAGGCCUCACUCUCAUCCAGCGUCUUGGUAUGGCUGCGCACAGUCCGUCAUCCGACUACAAUGACGAUAUGGACUUCGAGGACUCACCGGUACCGUCUGUCCCUCCAAUUCCUGCCGAGUUCCGCCAAGAUGAGGAAGACGAUGAACCGGAGCCCCCCGCAUCUCCUUCCCCCGUAGCCCCAUCGAACAGGACGAGUGUCGACGGCAUGGACCCUGCUUUUGCGAACGUCCUCCGUCGCUCCGCAUCAGCCAGCUCGGUCGCGAACGGUAGCCCGCUGCGCCAGAGCGUGCUUGCCCGUACACAACGCGGAGGAACGUUGCCACGUCGCUCUCGUGGAGGCGCGGCAUAUCAGGAAGCGCGUCCACCCUCGCUCGUCGGUCAACCAGAAGCACUCGCCGCCGAGCUUGGGUUCGGUCCGAUGGAACCCGAGCCUUCGACUAUUGCCGACGAUCUUCAGGAAGAGCUCGCUGCCGUUGAAACCGUCGACUUCGGUGUUCAGACCGACUUCGAGGAGCCGGUGCCGCCACCAGUCAUCCAGGUCACCGCGCCCUCGAUGUCUGACAUUGCCAUCCAGGCUGACCCCGAGCCUCUCCCCGUCACGCCUACGUCGGAGAUGUCCGCGCAAACCGAUGCGGAGGUUGUUCCCACUCGCAUGGAGAUGGAGGUCCAGGCCGAGCCAUCAAGCUCUGUCGCCGAAGUUCAAACUGCCGCUCCCUCCGUCGCCCACAUGGAGAUGCAGACCUCGCCCAAGCUCUCGCGGGUGGCUCCCAUUGUCGCCGAUAUGGGUAUCCACGCCGCCGCGAUGUCUCGCUCUUCAAGUCACGAAUCGGAAGAGACAACCAUGCAGCUCCGCCGUCCCCCCUCCCUUACGUUCAGCGACCUGGACCAUCUCGAGGACGAAGACGACAUGACAGAGACGGGCUCUAUCAUGGGCGAGACCACCGACUUCACCGACGCCUACAGCGUGCCCAUGACCCCAGUCACGCCAGACACGGCCAGCGACUACCACUCCAUUAUGACCGUGUCCGACGCGGAAUUCUCGGACGGCUCCAUCAGCGACGACGAGAGCAUCAGGGCGUCGCAGAUUCUUGGUAGCGCAUCGGCGAUGUCUUCCCAGGCGUCGUUCCCAUCCCCCAUCGAGGCCGUCCCCGAGGUACCAGCUAAGCCGGAAGUGGUGUACGAGUCGAAGGAGAUUGAGACAGAUCCGAUCCCGGAGCCACCCAAGCCAGCACCGACGCCGGUCCUCGUACCUGAGCCAGAACCCGAGCCCAAGCCGGAGAUGAAGGAGAUGUCGAUUCAAACGGACGAGUGGGUGCCUCCAGCUCCUCCAGCCUCAGCUAUCUUCCCAGUCCCCAUCCCUUCGUCUCUCCCCACCGCCGCUGUUUCUGUCGCGUCCGCACUCCCUGCAGCUGCUGCGACCACCACCGCUGCCGCCGUCGCUGCCACUGCCGCCGGUGCCAGUGCCAUCGCUGCCGCUGUGCCCUCCGUCUUCCGCGUCGGCCCCAGCUCUCAACAGUUCCAGUUCAUUGCUCCUCCCGCUCCUGCCACACCAGUGGCCGCUGACAAAGAGAAAGCUGUCGCUCCGUCUCCCAACACCACUAUCCGCGAUGCCAACGCGACCUUCAUUGCUCGUCCGCGCACUUCCCACUCCGAUAGGCGGCAAUCCAUCGAGUCAACACUUUCGUCGGUCCUGGACGAUGUCGCGACGCGCUCCCGCACGCCGUCGAUGCUCCCCAACCUCGUGGACAAGUCUCGUCCACCGAUGAUGGUGCUCCCGCCUCCCCCUCGCGCACCACCCCCGCCAAACAGCAUGCUCCCUCCGGCCUUCAUCCCCGACAAGCGGAUGUCACACGAUAUGCCCCCUCCUCGCCCCUCCUCACCCCCUCCCCCAGAACUCAUCCACCGAGCGACUACCCCAAGUUUGGGCAUCCCCGGCAGGGGUACCAUUGGUCGCGCACAUGGCUCGUCAAUGCCACCGUCGCAACAGGGCCUUCGCCAGCUCCCAUCGACAAGCAGUUUCCGCUCCGCAGCCAACGCCGCGGCUCGCGCGGGCCAGCUCUCGAGCCCCUCCGCGAUCUCCUUCGGUCUGCAAGGUCGCGAACGCCGCGAGCUUUCGAAUACGUCGCUCAACUCGGGCGGCCACAGCAUCGGCUCGCAGCGCUCAUCAAUAUCGUCGGAGAACCACGCCUACGAGACGCACAUGCGACGACGUAGCGCCGCUGACGGGCUCACUGUCGCGAAUCGUGCGGGUGAGGCCAGCGGAGCGGAAGCUCCGGGCUCGACGGACCCGAUGGUCAUCCACGCGAUCACACAGACGAUGAUCGGCGAGUUCCUGUACAAGUACACCCGCCGCGCGAUUGGGAAGGGGCAUGGCGAGCGGAGACACAAGCGAUUCUUCUGGGUGCAUCCGUACACGCGAACGCUAUACUGGAGUUCGGCCGACCCCGGGUCGUCGAACGUCACCGAGUCCAGUGCCAAGAGCGCAUAUAUCGAGUCGGUCCGCGCUGUCAUGGACCCUAACCCGAUGCCGCCUGGUAUCUACCAGUACAGCGUGAUUGUGUCCACGCCCCAGAGGGAGAUGAAGUUCACUGCGCCAACCAAGGAGCGCCAUGACAUCUGGUUCAAUGCGCUCAAGUACCUCCUUUCGCGACCAGGUCAAGCUCACUUGGCGGCUGGCAAUGCCCCGGCUAACAGUGCCCCCAUGAGCCCCAUGUCCGCGAACGGUGAUCUGCCCGAAGAGUACAACGCCAACUUAAUGUCAAGCCCCGAAAGCCAGCGCAGCACACGCACCAAUCGAAACAGCCGCCCAGGCCUGAACGGCGACACGUGGAACACAACUCCCCGAGGGCAGCGCAGUCGCUCGCAGAUCUCCCUUGGUGGCUCGAUGGGCAAGCGUUCUGGAACUCCGGCGGCGGAGUACCUUCGAUGGGCCGAGGCGCCAAGUAGUCCGUCGAAGGAGUACGAGCACGUCCCUGGCGGCCCAGACGACGACGAUGCCGACUUCGAGCUCCACGACGACACCCUCGAUGAGGGCUUCGAGGGUCUCGAAAACGUCCGCGCAUGUUGUGACGGUCGCCACACCGUCGGUCGAUCUGGGCGCAUUCACGACCAUCAUCAUCACCAUCACACCCACCCACCCUCGCAGCAGUCACAGCAGUCGCAGCACCAAAAGCGCGAGCCGUCGCGUGCCCGCGGCGAACACCUCGAUCCGAGCCCGAUGGAACUACAACGGCCAGUCUCACCCGCAUGGUCGUUCCGCUCCCGAGCCGGCAGCUCGACAUCGCACGACGGCGCUGGAUUCUUCUCUAGAUUCGGGACGCGUCGGUCAACAAGAACCGUAACGGACUCGCUCAAUGGGAACGGUUCAUAG